AUUUUUGUCUUAUAGAUGAUUUACAUUUUAGAUGCUUUAAGAAAAAUUAAAAAAACUAUUUAUCAGGUUGCUCCACUCCUUGCGUGUAUUGGCACAGCAAUGACUUUAGCUGUUGCAUCAUCAAUUCGAGCCUUUAGAGCCCCUGAUGUUGUAUUAUCUCAUGCAAAAAAUCCAACACCUUGGAAUGAGAUAUCUCCAACGCAGCAAGUAAAACUGUUUAGCUCCAGUGACUAUUCUAAACUUGAACCCGUUGCACCUAAAGAAGCUUUCGAUGCAUUGAAGUAAUUGAUUGCGUACAUUGAAGUAAAUGUUUUUUUAUAUGUGAUGUAAUAUUUUUUUAAAUAAUAUUGUUUUAAAUAAUAUUGUACAAAAAAUUAAUCUUUGUAUAUUUGUAAUAUAAUACGACUCGCAUCUUUAGAGGAAAUAAAUAUGAUAUAUGA